GCGCGCGUUUGGCCGGGAGGGAGCACGUGCUCAGCUCUCCAGCAUCUGCUGCGGUGGGAAGGUGUGACCUCAGAUUUUCCCCUCGCUCGCCUCGCACUCUUUUUACAGAGUUGUUGGAGAUAAACUACUGCGUGGCUGUCCUCCACAGAGGCCACCAAACCUCCAAGCACACGCGCUCUCACAAUAAACACCUUUUUGACACCUGCUACAUUUUGUGGGCGCGCGCAGCUUUGACCUUGCCAAUGAGGGUUUGUGUCUGACAGCUGAGAGGCAUUUGGAAAAUAAAUAACUUCUACUGGUGGUUUCCAUUGGAAACAUCACGUCUCAAGCUCCAUAGUGAAACAUGACAGACACAAUGUUUGGCAGUGAGAAUGAGCACUGGGUCUGUCCCAAUGACAGACAACUAGCGCUUAGAGCAAAGUUACGUACAGGCUGGUCCAUCCACACAUUUCAAUCGGAGAGACAGAGGAAAGCUCAGACACUUGAGAAAAGAGAGCUGGAUCUCAUCAUGAGUGUCAUCCACCGCGCUGAGCAGCACGAGAUCAUUGAGCAACACCGGAUUGGACGUCUAGUGGAGCGUCUGGAGAACAUGAGGAGAUCUGCUGUGGGAAACGGCCUGUCACAGUGUCUGCUGUGUGGAGAGGUGUUUGGUCUGCUGAGCUCUUCGUCCGUCCUCUGUUUGGACUGCUGCAUGAAGGUGUGCACUAAGUGUGGAAUCGAGACUGCAGGCAGUCAAAAAAGGGCCCAGUGGCUUUGCAAGAUCUGCAGUGAACAGAGAGAGGUAUGGAAACGUUCUGGAGCCUGGUUCUACAAAACCUUGCCGAAGCAUAUUCGUCCCAUUAAGGAUUCAAUUCUAGAUAACAGGAUGCCAGUAAUAGAAAGAGGAGAGCAGCUACCAUUGACCAGGAGUGCGCCAAUCAGCUACACAUGGGCUCAAAGCAAAGUUAACUUAAGUGAAAGCGAUGGCAGUGAUGCCGAGCUCAGUGAAUGCAGCAGUGACAGGAAGACCUUCAUGUCUGAGACAGAUCAAAGAAGAGAUUCCGAAUCGAGUGGAGGCCAAGUGCAAACACCUCUGCAGUCCAGCAUCACCAGUCCAUCUCAAACCAGCUUUCACAUGGAAAGCCCUUCCAGCGUGGCCAGCGAGCAAAGCAGUAGUAGUUUCAAUCCGGGUCUGGAGGAAGAGGUCAUGGACCAUAGUCGACCUUUACUAACUACGCUCGGCACUCUGGACUUCAGCCUUCUGUACGAUCAGGAGAACAAUGCCCUGCACUGCACUAUCAACAAAGCCAAGCUUCCUGUACCCAGAUACAAAAAGGGACUCAAACCAAUGGAUCACAAUGGGCUGUCAGAUCCCUAUGUUAAGCUGCACCUGCUGCCUGGAGCUAGUAAGGCCAAUAAGCUCCGCACCAAGACCCUACGCAACACUCUCAACCCUGUCUGGAGUGAGACCCUGACGUAUUAUGGGAUAACUGAUGAAGAUAUGGUUCGCAAAACACUCAGGAUUUCAGUGUGUGACGAGGACAAAUUCCGCCACAAUGAAUUCAUUGGUGAAACCCGAAUCCCCUUGAAGAAACUCAAACCCAACCAGACUAAGAACUUCAGCAACUGUUUGGAGAAACAGCUUCCUAUCGACAAAACAGAUGACAAGUCUCUGGAGGAGCGAGGGCGCAUCAUGAUCUCUCUGAAGUACAGCUCUCAGAAGUGUGGCUUAGUGGUGGGCAUCAUCCGCUGUGCCCAUCUCGCUGCCAUGGAUGCCAAUGGCUUCUCUGACCCCUAUGUUAAAACGUAUCUCAAGCCAGAUGAGAACAAAAAAUCAAAGCACAAGACAGCUGUCAAAAAGAAGACCCUCAACCCCGAAUUCAAUGAAGAGUUUUUCUAUGAGAUCAAGUAUGCUGACCUCAGCAAAAAGACCCUGGAGGUGACUGUUUGGGACUAUGACAUUGGCAAAUCCAAUGAUUUCAUUGGUGGAGUGUCUUUAGGUAUCAAUGCCAAUGGCGAGAGGCUAAAACACUGGUUUGACUGUCUGAAAAACAAGGACAAGAAAAUCGAGCGCUGGCACACGCUAACCAAUGAACUCCCUGGUUCAGGGUACAAUGACUGAAAGGCUCUCUUUCUAGUGGUUGCACCGAUGCCCUGCCCCUUUCCUACAUGAUGUCGAUGUAAAGCCCAGCAGCCUGUGAUGGAUGGAUCAACACUCCAGCAGUCCACUGAUUUAGAGAUGGGUGCCAGUAUCUGUUCCCAACUAACACACCUGCUCUAUCUCUUGUACUUUUCCUGGUGUUGAGCUUACAGUCUGAUUGUGUGGCUUGAUGUGGCUUUUGGGCUUAUAUAGGGGUCUUUAAUCAGCCUGUGUUUGUACAACCUCAUUGAAAAUGGAGAGAUGUUCCCACAGCCAACAAGAGAUCAGUUCCUGUCUUCAAAUAUUUAACCACUCUACUGUUCUCUUUCUCCAUUCUCUUGGCUAUCUUCGAGGUUUUAUGUGUAUUCAAGAAUGCUGUUUACAGACAUCAGCUCUCAGUAAAUGUAUCAUUAUGCGUAUGCAUCAUGGCAGCAAAGAGGCUCUGAAAAUACACUUUCCAAAACAAUAUCGUUUACAGUCCAAAACCUUUCUGAUGCCUAUCUUAAGGCCAGGGCAUAAACUACACAAUUGUGUUAAACAGACAGGUGAUUGUGAAGAUUAUAUAUGUUGAUGGAGGUUAAAAAAAAUCUUACAAAUAUAAACUCUCAACAAAUUUGUCAGUUUUUGCUGCCCCCUUCUAUUACAACAGGCUAGAAUGUGUGUUGUUGUUUUUUUUCAUGAAUAACCUCCUAGUUAGUCUACUUAAUGAAUGUAAUUGAUCUUUUACUUUCUGUACUCUCACUGCAAAUGAACAGUGUGACAUUAAGACAGCACACAGCAGAGUUUCAAUAGCCAUUUUUCUAGAGAGGAAACAGUUUACACAGAGAACACACACAAAUGCUGAAAAUGCGCUAUUCAAGAAGAAGACUGUGGAUUAUACAACUUUCAUCUGGACAUUUAUCCUUAUAUUGUUUUAAUGUGUUAAUUACCAAUUUUGGGAUGAAACACUUUGCCCAAGCCCAAUUCAUAUAUUGCAUUAACAUUUUUUACUCUAAAUUCUUCAGUCUGUAAAUCAAAAAAAGGACUGAACAAACUAUUGUUUUGAGAUUUAUUAAUAGCAUGUUUAUCUUAUUCUUCCUUUGAGCAUUUUAAAGAUGACUAAAUAUAUUUUUUUAAAUACUAAAGUCAUUUAACAUGUUAUUUUAAUUUUGUGGCAUUAAAUUAUAACCAAUGUAUUAUUUUAACCUUUCUGUGUUAUUGCAUAUUUAGCAUGUCGUUGGUGGGUAUCGUAGAUAUUAUUAAAGUAUAUUUAACAGUUGUGUUUUUCUCCCUCAUUACCAGUAGAUUUUAUUCAUUAAGGUAAACUCUAGAUUGCAAAUAAGACUUCAGAUGUUGGCCAUUUAUUAAACACCUUAAAACUCCAAGGAGAACUCCUGUCUACAGACAUACAAUGUAUGUUCACCAACAGAGAAACCUUAUCGCUCUCUGACACCGUUCAUCGUGCAAGCCACUCCUGUGACAUUUUUGUAAUCUUUUUGCUUUUGUACACAAACUCUAUGGCAUAAAAAUGCAUGCAAUGUUCUUGGACUGUCAUUAAAAUAACUUUGCUUAAUGUUUGAUACUGCUGUUCUCCUCUGUAAAAAGAGAGUUCCCGUUUUUGUACUUUUGAACGCUAUCGCAUUGCCCGUCAGGUUGCUCUAUUGACUGGACAUGUGAAUGCAUGUUACAAAAAAUAAAUCUUGUCUUGUUUUGAUCA